AUGGCGUCAAUGUUGCUACGGCCGACCUUCAUCACAAACAAUGCAUUCAGCACGAAUACGGACAUCCGUCGCUGUCGUUUUUGAUGCGCAACAGGAAGGUAGCGGGGCAUGAGUAAGCCACCAAGAUCAUGUCAGCAGCCUGGCUCGAUGAGUGUAUUCAUUCGAGAGCCAGCGAGAGGCGGGAUCUGAAGGGUAUUGUGUAGGGUCGACACAUGGUACCUCCUCGCCUAUCUCAUUCCAUUGUUCUUUUGCUGAGUAGUCACGGGACUAUUAGCGUCUUUGAGCUGCUUCUGAAGUAAGCACGCCUCACCUCCCAUGGUCCGUGAUGACAGCCUUGCGACCAAAGUCGUCGUAAAGCAGGCCGGGGGCCUAAAAAUGCCUGUUCCACACUUCAGCGUAGGCUUGAUGUGUCGUCACAGCAUCUGACCGUCAGCGAGAUUAUGGCAACCCUGGGAGAUUCGCUUCUCAGGCUGACCAUCGAUGGCGAGAAGCGAGUACAAAUACUUGCCGCGAGUCUGGUUACCUCGAGUUUUGACGGCUCACGACUUUACAAGUAUCCAACCCUAUCUCGAACUGUUCGACAGAGCUCCGGGUGAAGAUCGGGCAUCAUGGCAGACAAUCUGGAGACUCUUAAAUCUCUACGCAGCUUCCUGAAUCAACACAUUGACGAGUACGAAGCGGCAAUUGUCGACCGACACAAAGACAGACACGGGCGGGCGAAACUGGGACAAGAGAUAUUCAACAUCUCAUCGAAAAUCGCCGAACUCAUGCUCGCACCCGGCGACCGCGUACUGAGACUGAGUCUGGCACCAAUCCUAAACACUGCGCUUUACGUGGCGAUUCAGCUAGAUCUGUUCAACCUGAUCCAUGAGGAGACCGAUCUUAGCGCUCUUGCCCAAAAGACUGGAGCAGAUGCCAUCUUGCUGCUUCGGAUUCUGCGUUGCCUCGGCGCUUUUCACAUAUUCGAGCAGUUGAGCCGAGACACUUUCGCAAGUACAACACAGUCAGAAAAGCUCCGGGAACCCCAAGCCAGAGAUUUCAUCAAAGCCAGCUUCAACAUCAUGCAUGCCGAGAAUAGGAUGGUUCCGUCCAUACUGGAGUCAAACGGGUUUCGAAGUCCAGUGGACCGCUCAGAGAAUGCAGCUGUCCGGCUCUGGGGCAAGGACAUGUUCGAGAUGAUGACUGAGAACGAAGAGAUGAGGACACAGUUCGCUUCGGCCAUGUCAGCCCAAGAAGACCUCCCCCCAGAGAUGUAUCCUGAGUUUCCGUUUGGAGAGUAUGUUGUCAACCUGUCCAAUGACGACACUGCUGUGACCAUGGUCGACGUUGGCGGGGGUGUCGGCCAUGUGCUCAAAGCAAUCCUCCAGCAGAAUCCGGGCCUACCGGGUCGAUUCGUGGUGCAGGACGUUGCACCCGUCGUAGCACUUGUCAGCCCAGAGGUAAAGAGCUUUGAGGCUAUGACGCAUGAUUUCUUUGAGCCACAACCGGUCAAAGGAGCCAAGUUCUAUUAUAUCCGACAUUGCCUGCAUGACUGGACGGACGAACAGUGCGUGUCCAUACUGAAACAUCUACGAGAUGCAUGUACACCGACUUACUCGAGGAUCCUGAUCCAUGAAUUCGUGCUCCCAGCUACUGGCUGCGGUCAACGCGAAGCGCUCUUCGAUAUUCUGAUGAUGUCGUUUUGUGGCAUGGAGAGAGACGAGAGGCAAUGGCAAGACAUUCUGACAGCUGCAGGUUUGGAGGUAGUCUAUAUCUGGAAGGCAGAUGUCGGUGGCUAUGCCAUUAUCGAGGCUGCUCCAGUUCUUGAUCUACCCGAGAUCUCAGUAGAAACUGUACCAUGAGCUCGAAGGACGAUUUGGUGGUGGGACGCAAGGCGGGCCCCCGGCUUCAAUAAGACUGCCAUGAAUAUCUAUGAGAUGUCAUUCACGAUAUCUCCAAAACAAUGCCC